AGAGACCAAGACAAUCUGUUUGAUUCGCGCUCUUCUUCCUGCUGAAGGUCUCUCGAGUGAUUUUGACCUUUUCUUUUUAUUUCAUCCGACCCCCCACCCCCUCUCGUUUCCUUUCGAGAUGUGGAUCCUGCCACUGAUAGGAUACGCGGGAGUUAUAGUAGGAUUCUCAUUCCUUACGCUCGCUAUAGCUUCCGGCCUCUACUACCUUUCGGAGCUCGUGGAGGAACAUACAGUGCUGGCGCGUCGAGUAUUAACUCGACUGAUAUAUGGCAUCAUCUCCGUCCAGAUCCUCCUCUUCCUCUUCGAUGGAUUCCCAUUCUUCCUAUCCCUCCUCAGCAUCGGCUCGCACAUAGUCUACGCAAGCAACCUCCGCCGAUUCCCCAUCGUCAAGCUAUCGGAUCCCCUAUUCGUUCUAUCAUGCGUUCUCGUCGGCCUGAACCACUGGUUCUGGUUCUGCCACUUCUCCAAGCCACUGCCUGCUUUCCGGGGAUCGGGUAAUUGGGACCAGUAUGGGCCGGGAGAUGUCCCGACUUUCACGGAGGUGGCUUCAUACUUUGGGCUCUGUGUCUGGCUGGUUCCCUUUGCGCUUUUUGUGAGCCUGAGUGCGGGUGAGAAUGUCUUGCCCAGUAUGGGGUCCGAGUACGCUACGGGAGAACAUGCUGCAUCAUCGUCGGGAUUCCCUGGAAAUGCGCUUGCGUCGGACGGGAAAGCGAAGAACAAAGGUAUGGCUAAGGCUUUGGUAGACAGUGUUCGAGAUUGGGUCAGCGAAAACGGAGAGCUGAUGGGGUUCUGGAGGGGCGAGCGGUCAAAACGGUUUUAAGACCUGAGCAUGGGUUAGUGAGGAGAGAAGCUAGAAAUACUGCUUUUUUGUCACUUGUUUCUCCUGCACCUGUGUUUUUACUUUACGAAUCUGAGAUCAAGU